AUAUGUCAUAACCUUACGAAGUGCACGGCCAAAAAUAGUUUAAAAACGGCCUUGCUAGGAUAAUGUGUUAUAUAUAUAAAGUUAUAUUUUACAAAAUUUAAAAUAAACAAGCCAAUGGGAAACAGCAAUGCCUCCGUCGUAAAAGCAACAUUGGGAGGAGGUCCCAAGGGCUUAGGCGAUCCAAAUGAUAAAUCUCUCAGAAAGGUGGAAAUUGAUGUUCUAGUACCGAAAAAAAUGAGAGAAAUAGCAAGGACAGAAAAAUGUGUUCCAGAAGUUGCCAAAUUUACAGAAUGUUGUAAAAGUACAGGUUUGCUGAUGGUAGUACAAUGUAGAAAAGAAAAUGCAAACUUAAAAGCUUGUUUAACUAAAUGGUAUAAUGAUGAGGACUUCAAGGAGCAUUGUAAACAAGAAUACCUUAAGGAAAGAACUGAAUAUAGGCGCACUGGUAUAUCUCAACAAUUGAAAAGAAUGGGAUGAAUUAAUUACUUUUAUUAUCAAUUAGUAUAAAAA